UGAACACUACAGUGCUACAUCUGGAAUAGUAUACUUGUCAAAAAUUCCAUUAUGUUUUCGAUUUUUGAAAUAUUAGCUUUAACUACACUGUGCGCUAGUGUCGCUCAAAGUGAAUUAUUAGCGCCAUGCCAUAUUAACGACGAUGUCUGUUUCAAGGAGUCCGCUAACAAAGCCCUGCCUCAGUUUAUGUCUGAAAACAAAGCUCUUGGGAUCGAAUCAUCUGAUCCCUUGAAACUUGACCUAAUUGAGGGCGACAUGCCCGAUAUUAAAUUUAAGUUUUUUUCCCCAAUCACUACGGGAUACAAGCAGUGUCAUGUCAAAAAUAUGAUAAUGAAUUUGGAUGCACUUACGUUACACGAGGAGCUUGACUGUCCGAAUCUAGAAACAACUGGCAAAUACGAAAUCUCUGGACGUCUCAUGAAUGUACCAAUUGAGGGUAAUGGAGACUUCAAAAUCUCUGCCGGGACAUACAAAAUCAUCCUCGAUUUUGAUUUGGAAACUGUGGUUGGAGGUGACAACAAAGCAUAUAUCUCCAUGAAAUCUUUCAAACAGAAAAACGAAGCAACAUCUCCAAUUUCUUUCGACUUCAAAAACCUUUUUAAUGGAAAAAAGGAUCUGGCGGACAAUGCCCUCACAUUUGCAAACCAGAACUGGAAGCAGGUCUCCGAGCUCCUGCAGGAUCCUAUUUGGAACAACAACAUGAAGAAAAUCAUUUCUAACGCCAACAAAUACUUAAUGACUGAACCCCUUGAUCAAAUAUUCAUAUCACCUUAGGUUGUUAAAGUAAAAAUAUUAUACAUUUAUAUGUAACAAAUGAAUACACAUACAUUAGUAGCACAUAUAACGCAUGUUUUUCCUACAUGAAUGACAAAAUAUUCUUCGGCUAUAAGUCGCUAUAAUAGUAAAUAGCAAAUGAAAAAGACCAUAUUUGUAAACAUAUUAUUUAUAUUUUUAUUUGAAUAAUAAACUAUUAUAUAUCUA